CCAGAAUAGAUUGCUUUUACAAGGAAUACGAACUUGCCUUGUUCUCUCGCUACGAACAUUUAAAGUUGUGUUGGCGUCAUUUAUCAAACUCAAAAUCAUUCUCAGUGCUGUUAAAACGCGACAAAAUGAGCGGUGAAGAUUUAUUAACAAAAUUCGAUGACUUGGUGAAGAGAUUUAGGAACGAAUUCAACGAUAUUAUUGAAGGGGAGCGAGCCAAAAUGAAGGCGGAACUAGACGCUUACAACGCAGAGAAGCAAAGAAUGAAAGCCGUCGAAGUCAGCGACAACGAUAUCAUACACCUCAACGUUGGUGGUCACAAACUAACCAACCUAAUCUUUGUCAAGUAGAAAAUUCGCUCCUCGCCUCAAUGUUCAGUGGACGUUGGGAGGACAGUCUGGAGCGCGAUCAAGAUGGCGCCAUAUUUUUCGAUUUCAAUCCCCAGUAUUUCCUUGUUAUCCUAGAUUACCUGCGCGCGAAGAAAAUUGCCACACCGGAGAAUCCCGCGCCAUUCCCGAAAGUCGCCGAAGACCAAGCAAAAAAUUUUAAUAAUCUCCUGGAAUACCUCGGUUUAAGCGAUGAAAUCGUUCCCGCUGAAAAAGUGCCUAGUGAGAAAUUCAAUCAACACAGCAGCAAUGUAGUUACUCUCCAGGAAGGCGGGACAGUUGCAGUUCAUGGUCCAAAGAAAGGACAUAGUUAUGUUCUGGGAGAAAAUAUUUACCAACAAGGCAUUGUUCGUCUUAAGAUGAACUUGGAGUCGUUUAAAGAUAAUUAUUGGAUGUUUGUUGGCAUCGUGAAAGCGGAUGUUGUACCACCGAAUAACAAUUCAUAUUCAUGGCCUGGUUCAUAUGGAUGGAUACUCGGGCAGUAUGGUCAAGUAUGCAAAGACGGGUCAUGUACGAUUGAUAAUGCUUUAAAAAAUCUCACUAAACAAGGCGACACGGUUGAGUUAGUCUUAGAUUGCGAUGCUGCCAAGCUGUCACUACAUUUGCCCACUGGUCAACAAUUUCACAUCGAAAUACCCAAGUCACAAACCUGGAGACUAAAUGUCGAUUUGUUUUAUGCAAAUGAAAAACUACGCAUCAUCGAUGACAAUGUAUAGUGAAAUGAAAAACUUUAUUGUCUUUGUAAACCUAAACGAUCUUUGUCAGUGUAGGUAGUGGCAAUAAUAAGAAAGUGUCAGAUUGGUAGGGAUACAACUACCUGAAAAAUACAAGGAGAACAUCGAGGUUUCGAGCGAAGACCGUUCGUCUUGUAUUUUCAGGUAGUUGUAUCAAUGUGAAGCUUUCUUUGUGAACCUAACUUCUUACCCACAAGAACUACUCAAUAACAAUACGACAGUAGAUAUAGUCAAAUUAAACACUUCAUCUAAAUUUGUAAAAUACACCAUGAGUGGCGGAACAUGGUGCUAGGGGGUUUAUAGGCUCCAAAGUUAAAAGUAGAGGGCUAAGCCCCCCCCCCCCAAAAAAAACAAAAAAAAAAACCGAAUGAGAUUUAAAAUUGAUAUAAAAAAUUGGGAAAAUUUCGAGAAAUUUUUGAAUUCAGGAAAGAUGAAAAUAUCAUCAGUGAACAAUUCAGGAAAUAUUAAAAAUAUCAGGUCGGAAAGUAUGUUAGGUCCGGAAUAUUUUUUGCACCUUCCACCUCCAAAUAAAAACUGUUUCGCUUGUCAAAUCUGAAUCUCUCUAAUAACACUGUCAGACUGGUUAUAGAUCCAUCAAUUGUUAAAUGGAAUACAAAACUGUUUGACGGAAAAAUUUAGAUCAAAUCAACAUGAGGUCCAUUUUGAUCAGACGUCCGAAAACUUGGGCCAGAUCUUGCUUGAAAUUAUAACUUGUUAUAGGAUGCAAGACUCUCCCCUUGACGAGUAAAUUCAUCUGGCAUUAGACAGAGUAAAAUACUAAAGUAGGGCGCAUUUUGGCGCAUUGCAGCUUAAUGGGUUAUAAGUGAGAGAGAAAUUCUGCCCAGCAUGGUUGAUCUGACCAUUUCAAAUGGAAAGCGUGCUUUGUGUCUUUUUUGUAAAUAUAUCCAGUCCUUGCAAUAUGAUUAUGAACUUUAGCUAAAUUGAGGACUUUAUGUAAAUUUGUAUGCGGCGUAUAACAAAGUACGCAUUAUCAAAGUUGAGUUAUAGAAUUAUAGUGGCAUGCAGUCAUUGUUUGUUUUAUUAGGUUAACUAGUGCAUGUAGUGAUUAAGAAUCAAGUAAUAACAAAUAUAUGGACAAAAUAUUUAGAUUUAUAUACCAGUAAAAUAUCGUGUUAGUUAUCAUAGGUAGUAAAGUAUUUCAUAUUGAUGUUUAAUAAAAGUAUUUGUUUAAAACAGGCUCUCAUGAAAGUUUCUGAAUUUCUUUAGUUUUCC